UGAUUUUGUUUGUGAUGAAAUUGGAACUUGGAAGUUGAAACGAAACGAAGAAUUGUGUUUAAAAAAUAUUAUUUACUAUAUAGUACAUGAGUAAACUAAUGGGAUAAUGGCAAAUACAGGAUUGUUGCCUUUCGUACGAGGUGUAGACUUUACACGUAAUGAUUUUAGUGAUGGUAAAUUCCCUGAUGCGAUUCGAUACAUGACUGGUUUGCAAUGGCUCAGAUUAGACAAAACUAACUUGGGGGAUAUACCUGAAGAAUUAGGAAAACUAAUGAAAUUGGAAAAUUUAUCCCUGAAAAAUAAUAAUUUGGAAAAACUGUUUGGUGAAUUAACAGAAUUGAAAUGCUUACGGUCUUUAAAUGUAAGGCGUAAUAAUGUUAAAAGUUCAGGAAUACCUGCUGAGUUGUUUCACUUGGAGGAAUUGACAACACUGGACUUGUCACAUAACAAACUUAAAGAAGUUCCAGAGGGCCUGGAAAAAGCAAAAUCAUUACUAGUUCUGAAUCUUAGUCAUAAUAAAAUAGAAUGCAUACCACCAACAUUAUUUGUACAACUAACAGAUCUUUUAUUUUUGGAUUUAUCAAACAAUCAACUGGAGACUUUGCCUCCUCAGACCAGAAGAUUGGUGAAUUUGCAGACUCUAAUACUUAAUGAUAAUCCCCUUGGACUAUUUCAGUUGAGGCAGUUGCCAUCCCUACAGAGCUUAGAAACUCUUCAUAUGAGAAAUACACAACGAACACUAACGAAUUUGCCAACAUCUCUUGACACUCUUUGUAAUCUUUCUGAUGUUGAUUUGUCCAAGAAUGCUCUUACUAAAGUUCCUGAAGCAUUGUAUUCACUACAAAACUUGAAGAGGUUAAAUCUCAGUGACAAUGAAAUAAAUGAAGUAUCAUCAGCAAUGGAUAUUUGGCAGAGGUUAGAAAGCCUUAAUCUAUCUCGGAAUAAAUUGACUGCACUGCCUACGUCAUUGUGCAAGUUACAAAACUUGCGUAGACUACAUGUAGAUGAUAAUAAGUUAGACUUUGAAGGUAUCCCAUCAGGGAUUGGUAAACUUGGUAACUUGGAAGUGUUUUCCGCUGCUAAUAAUUUAUUGGAAAUGAUACCUGAGGGACUUUGUAGAUGUGGUUCUUUAAAAAAGCUAAAUUUGAGUUGCAACAAACUCAUAACAUUACCUGAUGCAAUUCACUUAUUGAGUGAUCUUGAAAGCCUACAGUUGCAUGGCAACCCUGAUUUAGAGAUGCCACCAAAGCCAGUGGAACGGCCAAAAGGGUCAGGGUUACAGUAUUACAAUGUUGACUUCUCUCUUCAAACACAACUGCAACUGGCUGGUGCUGCUACUCCAGAAUUGUCAACAAAUGGUGGGGUAAAGUCAGACCCUAUCGCACGGAAGCUGCGCCUUCGCCGUGGACGUCCCGAACCAGAGCAAAAGGAUUCAGCCUUGAUACUGCGCGGUAUGCAGGAACAAGCUAACACUCAACACGCAGGGGAUAUGCACGACCAACCCCAGAGUGAACUGAGGCCUAAACGUUGGGAUGAGAGCUUAGAAAAACCACCUCUUGACUACUCAGAAUUCUUCGACGAAGACACCGGUCAAACCCCUGGCUUACAAAUUUGGGAAAUCGAAAACUUCGUGCCAGCUCCUGUAGAUGAAGUAGCACAUGGAAAGUUCUUCGAGGGUGACUGUUAUAUUAUUCUUAAAACAUCGAUAGAAGAGCAAGGUCAGCUAUCAUGGGAUAUACACUUCUGGAUUGGAUCUAAAGCCACUCUAGACAAAGGCGCAUGUGCAGCUAUGCACGCGGUGAACCUUCGUAAUUUCCUGGGGGCAAAGCGAACCCAGCGACACGAGCAGAACGAUGAGACACCAGAGUUUCUGGCGUUGUUUCCUCUGCCUCCCGUCUACAUCAACGGUAGUCGCACACCGUCUGGGUUCUUCACUGUCGAUGAUCCGCAUUAUGUGACCCGUCUGUACCGAGUACACGGCGCUGGCAGCAGUAUUCACCUUGAGCCGGUCUAUCUGAGUGCCGAGCAGCUUGACCCCCGAUAUGUAUUUGUGUUGGACACCGGACUCAUCAUCUACCUGUGGAUUGGAAAGAAAGCAAAGAACACAUUGAAGUCAAAAGCCCGUCUGUUUUCUGAGAAGAUAAACAAGGAAGAAAGAAAAAAUAAAGCAGAAUUGAUCACUGAACCACCCGGUAAAGAACCUAGAGGGUUCUGGGAGGCGCUAGGAUACAAUGGGGAGUUGCCAUUUGUCCCUAAGGAGCAUGUGCCAGAUGACUUCACUUGGGCCCCACCCCGGCUAUACAGAGUGGAGCUUGGCAUGGGAUACCUGGAGCUGCCCCAAGCAGAGGGCACAGUCCUAUCCAGGGAUGUGCUACUAACUCGCAAUGUCUACAUAUUGGAUGCUCACCUUGAUGUCUUUGUCUGGUUUGGUAAAAAGUCAUCUCGUCUGGUUCGCGCUGCGGCUGUUAAGUUGGCUCAGGAGCUGUUCAACAUGGUGGAGAGGGCAGACCACGCGCUGGUAACCAGGCUACAAGAAGGCACUGAGACACAGGUAUUCAAAACAUACUUCUUGGGCUGGGAGGAGGUCAUAGCGGUGGACUUCACUCGCACUGCCGAAUCUGUCGCCAGGACUGGCGCCGAUCUGACCACCUGGGCUAGGAACCAGGAGACUAAGACCGAUUUGUCAGCGCUGUUUACACCGCGUCAGCCGGUCAUGUCGCCGGCAGAAGCCAAAACAUUAGCAGACGAAUGGAACGAUGAUCUGGAAGCAAUGGAAGCGUUCGUUCUAGAAGGAAGACAUUUUGUGCGCCUUCCAGAUCAGGAACUAGGCGUCUUCUAUAGCCACGACUGCUACGUUUUCUUGUGUAAAUACAUCCUGCCAGCUGAAAUAGAUGAUGAUGAAGAGUUGGAUGAUGACGCAGAUGCGGAGGCUGCGUCUUGGGUGGUGUACUUCUGGCAGGGGAGGAAGGCGCCCAAUAUGGGCUGGUUGACUUUUACUUUCGGCCUGGAGAGGAAGUUCAAGCAGCUCUGCAAGAAGUUGGAUGUAGUAAGGACACACCAACAACAAGAAAGCUUAAAGUUCAUGGCGCAUUUCAAGAGGAGGUUCAUUAUCAGAGAUGGAAAGAGGAAUGCAAAAGUGGAGACCGGUACGGGUGGGGUGGAACUGUUCGAGCUUCGCAGCAACGGAUCAGCGCUGUGCACGCGUCUGGUGCAAGUCAAGCCGGACCCCGCGCUACUGAACAGCGCCUUCUGUUACAUCCUCAACGUACCGCUAGAGGGCGGUACCGAGACGUCGUCCGCCAUUGUAUACGUGUGGAUUGGGAGCCGAAGUGACGCUGACUCCGCACGCCUCAUCGAGCAGAUCGCCGAGGAGAAGUUCAACAAUCCCUGGCUUAGUAUGCAGGUGCUGACGGAAGGCAACGAGCCAGACAAUUUCUUCUGGGUGGCACUGGGCGGCCGCAAGCCCUACGACACGGACGCAGACUUCCUCAACUACACGCGGCUCUUCCGGUGCUCCAACGAGAAAGGCUACUUCAUCGUCUCCGAGAAGUGCACCGACUUCUGUCAGGAUGACCUCGCUGAUGAUGACAUCAUGAUACUGGACAACGGAGAGCAGGUGUUCAUGUGGCUCGGCGCCAAGUGCUCGGAGGUUGAGAUCAAACUCGCCUAUAAAUCUGCGCAGGUAUACAUCCAACAUAUGAAGAGUGUACAACCCGAAAGGCCAAGGAAACUGUUCCUCACACUGAAAGAUAAAGAAUCCCGGAGAUUCACCAAAUGCUUCCAUGGAUGGGGAGAGCAUAAGAGGCCUCCAGAAUAAACAAACCUCACUAAAGGUGGUUAAUUAUAUACAAUGGCGAUUAAAGUAUUACCCAAAUAUAAUAUGAAACUAUGAAGUGUCAAUAUAUAAUAACUGCCAUUUUGGGCAGCACAUAAAAUAGCGGAAAAGAGGCUCACAAAAAUAAUAUAGUAUACAUUCUUUGUCAAUUUGCCCCCUCUAAAAUAAAAAUAUGCUGUUUAUUAUCCAUUUAGAAAAUAAUAACACCUUAUAACAAAUUAUUUGGAAGGUGUUUUUACCACUCCCCUUAAAUAAAAUUAUUUAUUGACUCUUCACUAUCAAUAUUGUAUCAAUUUUGAAUAAAAUCAUUAUUGUUGCUAUGGCAACAAUAAUGAUUUUAUAUAAUAAUGAUAAUUUAUAUAAUAUCCAAUACAGGGCAGGGUAUGCCCUGUAUUGGAUAUUAUAUAAAUUAUCAUUCAUUCAUCACAAAAUUAUGAAUUCAAACCCCAAAAUAAUUAAUUUGUAAACUAAGGUGUUAAAACUUUGUGUGAUUAUUUUCAAUUGAUAUUGUAAGAUGGUCCAAUAUUAUGACCUGAUAAAGAAUUUUAGGUAUAAACACCAUAACUACUGUCAAAGUAUAACACAAGAUAUUUAUAAAACUUGGGUUAUACACAUCAUCCAAGUUUUCUGGUACCAUAAUAUUUGAUUUCAAGUUGUAGCUCUGUGAAGGUACACAUUCUUUCAUUUUCAUAUUUUAUGUACUCAUUCACGCAUACUGGCUUUCUUCUAGUAGGUUUACAAAAUUACUUACCUGUACUAUUCCUACUGUGCUUCAGAUCUCUUCAUGAUUGCAAAAAUAGGAAAAGAUAUUUCUGUUACAAAAACAAAUACUUUACUGUAAUUUCAAUGUACUCUAUAUAUCAAUUCAGAGCAACAUUUUUUUGGUCAAAUUGUAUUGACACAAUAAAAAUAAUUUAAAAUAUUUCAAACAAGAGUUUAUAAUAUAGUUAUAUUAUGAAUUCUUGUCUGAAAGAAGUUGACUGAAUUAACAGGAAAACACACCCUUUAGACUACUUGAUGUAAUUAAAAAUACUGAAAUAAAUACAAUACAAGGAAAAUAAUGUUAUCAACCUCACAAUUUAAGAAUAUUUGUAUCUGUAUAAACAUAAUAUGUUUUAAAUAAUGACAUGUCCAUACUUUAUUUUGCAGAGGUGCAUGAAUAUGUAUGUUCCUAUUACCACAUAAUGAAAAUUAAUAAAAAGACUGAUUCAUGCCAUUAACAGUUUAAUUAACACUUUAACUUAUAUAAGCACAAGUGUAUAUAAAGAUUUCUUAAAUUAUAAAAUGACUAGUGCAAUAUGCUCUGUGACAUAUGGAAAUAAAAGAAUAAUUAUUAAUUUUUAAAUAUGUUGAUAAGCUUUUAUAUCUGAAUUGAUAUAAAACUGUAUUAGCACAAAUGUAUUUAUAUUGUAACAUACAAAUAAACUUUAACAGUGGAAA